AUGGAACAAAGAAAAUGCGAGGAAGGAAGGGUGAAACGGCGGUGGGUCUGUUUGGUGAUCGCUGUGCUUCAGUGGAGCGUGGCCUCAGCACAGAUACGAUAUUCUAUCUCGGAGGAAGUCAUGGAAGGAACUGCAGUUGGGAAUGUUGCAAAAGAUCUUGGAUUAGAUAAAAGCACCUUGAAAGCCAGGAAGUAUCGUAUUGUGUCGAGUGCAGCAGAUCCUGUUUUCAAUGUAAAUCAGAACGACGGCAUAUUGUAUGUGAGCCGGAAAAUAGACAGAGAGGAAAUAUGUGAGCGAAGCAGUACAUGUUUGCUUAAUCUGAAAACCGUCCUAGAAAACCCACUAGAAGUCCACUAUAUAGGAGUUGAAGUUUUAGAUAUAAAUGAUCAUUCACCGAGCUUUCCGGAGAUACAGAAAACGUUAGAAAUUUCCGAAUCUGUGGUAAGUGGAAAGAGCUUUCAGCUUCAAGCUGCACGAGAUCCAGAUAAUGGUCAUUUUUCCGUGCAACAAUAUAAACUAAAUUUAAAUGAACACUUCCGUUUGGAAGUAAAGGACAAAGGGGAAGAUGGUAAAAUACCGAUUUUAAUUGUGCAAAAACCUUUGGAUAGGGAGGCAGCGGAAAGCCACUCAUUAGUAUUGACAGCACUGGAUGGAGGUAAACCUCCAAAAUCUGGCGAAAUGAAUAUUCUAGUAAACGUUUUAGAUAUCAAUGAUAACGCACCUGUUUUCUCUAAAGACGUUUAUUCUGUGAUGCUCGAUGAAAAUGCUCCAAUAGGAACAACAGUCAUACAAGUGAAUGCAACUGAUUUAGAUGAAGGAGCAAACGGAGAAGUGGUUUACUCAUUUAGCAACAGCGUAAAUCGUAGGUUAUAUAAACUGUUUGAAAUAAAUCCAUCAACAGGUGAAAUAACUGUUAAAGGUGCAAUAGACUACGAGCACAAGGAUGAAUAUGAAAUUGAAAUACAGGCAUCAGAUAAAGGUCUCGCUCAUCUAACAACAGAAAAGAAUGUGGUUAUUAAGAUAGUUGAUGUGAAUGAUAAUGCACCUGAGAUUGAAGUUACUUCAUUUUCAAACUCCAUCCCUGAAGAUUCCAGACCUGGAACUACAGUUGCCCUUAUCAGUGUAAACGACUUGGACUCUGGUCUCAAUGGAAAAGUUAUUUGCUCCAUAGAUGAAGAUGUUCCAUUUGCUUUAGCACCUUCUUUACAGGACAACAUGUAUUCAUUAGUCACUAAAUCGAAUCUAAAUAGAGAGGAACACUCACAAUAUAUUAUAACAGUAGUAGCAAAAGACGCCGGACAGCCUUCAUUAUCAUCUGAAAAGACAAUAAGCGUUGUUGUGUCAGACGUGAAUGACAACAGUCCAGAAUUUUUACAGAGUCCCUAUACUUUCUAUGUCACUGAGGGAAAUGAGCCAGGAGCCUCUGUGUUUUCUGUUAAAGCUUUUGACCGCGAUGAGAACGAAAAUGCUCUUAUAUCUUAUCAUAUUCUCAGAGAUGGAAGGGAAGGAAGUAAAUUAAGUUCAUUUCUCAACAUAAACUCUGAAAAUGGAGAUAUUUUGGCUCUAAAAAGUUUUGACUUUGAAACCCUGAAAACGUUCCAGUUCCAAGUUGUUGCCUCAGAUUCUGGAACUCCGUCACUGAGCAGCAACGUCACAGUGAACGUGUUCAUUCUGGAUCAGAACGACAACGCUCCAGUCAUCCUGUAUCCAGUCAGCUCUAACGGUUCUGCUGAAGGUGUGGAGGAGAUUCCCCGCAAUGUGAACGCAGGACACCUGGUGACUAAAGUCAGAGCCUAUGACGCUGAUAUAGGAUAUAACGGCUGGUUACUGUUUUCACUGCAGGAAGUUACUGACCACAGUCUCUUUGGUUUGGACCGCUAUACAGGACGGAUCAGAACACUUCGCUCAUUCACAGAGACAGACGAGGCUGAGCAUAAACUGGUCAUACUGGUGAAAGACAAUGGGAACGUCUCACUCUCAGCAACAGCUACUGUGAUGGUCAAAGUUGUGGAGCCCAAAGAGGCUUUUGCUGCUUCUGAUGUUAAAAGUGCAACAAAGGAUGAUGAGGACAGUAAUGUGACUUUUUACCUGAUGAUAACUUUGGGCUCAGUCUCAACACUUUUUCUCAUCAGUAUCAUCGUGCUGAUUGCAAUGCAGUGCUCUAAAUCCACAGAGUAUACUUCUAAAUACCUACAAGAGACUAAUUAUGACGGGACACUGUGUCACAGCAUCCAGUACAGAUCUGGAGAAAAACGCUACAUGUUAGUGGGACCCAGAAUGAGUGUAGGAUCUACUAUAGUCCCGGGCAGCCAUGCGAACACUCUAAUGCUCCCUGACAGGAGGACACCUGGAGAGGUAAGACAUGUUUACGUGCAAACUUUGUUACUUACUUACUGCAUCUUUACUAAUCAUAAAUGCAACGUAUCCUCCCUAGUUCGUGUGUUGCAUCGCUUAGCACUUCCAAUUUUUUAA